UCUUUCAUUCUCAUCCAUAAAUAGACCAUUAUUGACAAACAUGUAAUAAGGGCCUCUCAUCCUUCCUCGCCACCUAUUAAACCCCAUAUCAAAAGAAAAACAAAACAAAACGAAACGAAACAACCCAUCAACUACCGAACCACCCGUCACUUCACUUUUAACCUUAACACACACUCCCUCUCCCCAAUUUCCAAUUUGUUUUUGUUUUUGUUUUUGUUUUUGUUUUGAUUCUCUCUCACUCCUUUGCUUCCUCAUUUCCCUUGUCUCUAUUUUUCUCUGAUAAAAGCGUAAAACAGAAUCAAAAAGCUGAGGACAUCCCCAAACUUUGCACACUUACAAAUUCACCACCACCCGCUUUUGCAGCUCUUCCCUCAAUCACCAUUCACUACCACCACCACCAAAGCCUCAACUUUAAGCAAUCAAAAUCCAACGCUCCCCUUUUUCCAUCUAUCCAUCAAAUCCAUCCCCAACCCCAACCCCAACCCCAACAACAAAAAUAGAACAAACCCAAAUUCCCCCAUUUUGCUUCCUCCAAAAAAAUCCAUCCUUUCCUCAUCAUACCCCAAUUCUCCCCAUUUUCAACACCCAAACACACAAAAAAAAUCCAAUUUUCUCGCCCCCACCUCCCAAAAAUCCCUCCUUUCUUCUAGCCCAUUUCCCAUUUCCCCAAUCCUAGUGAAGAGAAUUUGAUACAAGUAAAAAAAAAAAAAGAGAGAGAAGAAAAAGAAGCUAGAGUUUCCCACCUUCAAUGUGGCGAACUUGGAACAAAUCAACGGUUCGGAUUCACAGCGCGUCUUCAUCACCUUCUUCUUCCACAUUCUCUUGCUCUUCCUUCAAAGACAUUCAAACCCUUUGCCUCGACGAACCCCCACAACAACCCUCACCCUCACCUUCACCCAGCAGAAAACCCUCCGUUUUCCACCGAGUCCGACUCGCCAACUCGCUCCUCCGAACCUGGUCAACUCAACUUAACCAACAAACCCACAAAUUACCCAGGACCCUCUCAUACCCCGAAGCCGAACCAGUAUCCGAUGACGCAAAACCAGACCCUUCUCCUUCUCCUUCUCCUACUCCUGCUCCGUCGCCACCGAUACAUUUUCCGGGGACCGAACAGCGCGUGGUGGUUUACUUCACAAGCCUGCGCGUGGUGAGGCCCACGUUCGAGGACUGCAGGAGCGUGCGCUCCAUCCUUAGCGGGUUUCGGGUUCAAAUCGACGAGCGAGACGUGUCCAUGGACUCGGGUUUCCUGAGCGAACUGAACCGGGUCAUGGGUCGGACCGGUUUGACCCUGCCCCGCGUCUUCAUCGGCGGAAGGUACGUUGGUGGGGCCGAGGAAGUGAGACAGCUUAAUGAGGUUGGCGAGCUCAAGAAACUCCUCGAAGGUUUGCCCGCAGCGGAUCCCGGAGAGUGCCACGUGUGCGGAGAUUACAGGUUCAUUCUAUGCGACGAGUGCAAUGGUAGCAGGAAGGUCUACACCGAAAAGAGUGGGUUCAAAGCGUGUAAUGCUUGCAAUGAGCUAGGUCUCAUAAGGUGCCCCUCUUGUUUUAUUGCACCAAUUUUAUCAUGAUCAAUAAUAUUUUUCAAGGAAAUAAAAAAUUUAACUAUUUUUUUUUUUUUGUUUAGUUUUUUUUUUCUUUUGGAUAAUCAGUUUUGUAGUUUUUCUGGGCGUGUAAGAAUUUGUAUAGGCCCACCUUGUGGGGGAUCGUAGAUUGAUACAAUGUGUGUGAAUAUCUCUUUUCUCCCUCUCGAAAAAAGUUGUGUACAUU